UGUCAAUAUUAUUGCAUUUGACGGUUCACGAAAUCCGGCGUAAAUUCAAAAUAUUCAAUAACCUCAAAAGUCAGUUUUAUCAAAGUAAACAAUGCUACACAAUAUGUAAACAAACUGGGCAAUAUUAUAACUUUUUCUUCCGUUUAGGAAGAUACCGCGAAGUUAUGUGACAAAAUAAAAAAUUUAUAUUAAUGAACAAGUUGUGUUGAUGACCUUUGAUCCUUUUUGGAAGAUUCGCAAUACUGUAGCCAAAAUGCACGAUUUAUUAGAAAAACUUCAAAUAUACGGUGUUGGAAGGCGGAAAUUAAAUGAUGAAUUAUUUGCAAAUGAGAAGCCAAUAGUUCUGGGGGUAUAUGAUAUUGAUGAUGAAGAUCUCUGUCAUGAAGUUAUAAAAUCAACAUGCUCGAUCCCCGGGUGCAACUUUACCACCAGCUCUCUCCUACACUUCGAGAACCACUACAAUUCCCACCGGUAUUCAUGCUGCGAGUGUAAGAGAGUCCUCCCCUCCCCUCACUUGCUGGACCUGCAUGUGCAAGAGAUACACGAUUCGUUCUUUGCCGUUAGCGCACUUAGAAAACCUUCGUACUGCUGCUACAUAGAAGAAUGCAAAGAGAAAUUCAUGAAUCCAGACGAACGACUCGACCACUGUGUGAAAAUCCACAAACUUCCCAAAGACUUCAGAUUCGACCAGAAACCAAAACCUAAGAAACAGAAAAAGAACUCUAAUUCUAUGGAAAUAGAUACUAGUUUAGAACCGAAGAAAUUUGUAUUCACGAAUAAUAAGCAACGAAGUUUUAAAUACACGGGUAAAAAGUUUACAAAAGAUGAAAAGUCGGGAUCAUCUGUUAAUAUGGACACUGCUAUGUCCGAUUUGAAGGAGAGUUUACCGGAAUAAAUGUGGUAUUAUAUUUUUAGAAUAAGAUUUUAAUGCGUAAUAAACGAAAUCUAUCAUUUACGAUUUAAAUUUAAUUUAUAAAAUGCUACUUUUAAAAUACUAUAAUAAAAUUAUUAUUUCUAUGAGA